AAACCAAAGGUGCAUGGACUACUAACAUGCAUUUGAAUUUAUUUUAUUUUUUUCUUUGUACAUUUGUUUAUGAAUUUCUGUAAAAGAUGUCAGAGACAAUAGCAGCAGCAGCAACAACAACAAAGGCAGGUGCAGACCAAAAAUUACAGAAACCAUCACAGAGAGGUGCAGUCAUUAUAACAUCACACUCAUUCACUCUUCCAUCCACCACAUAGCAAAAAAAAAUACCUCAAGAGUUGCCACAACACAACACAUGCAUCAGCAUAGCUUACAUAGCACAAUAUAAUUCAUAAACCUCAAAAUCUUAAAGAGAGAAAAAAACUCUCAAAAAAAUGAUGAGUAGUGCAAGUUCAAGAAAUAGGUCACCUUUUACACCAAAUCAAUGGCAAGAGCUUGAACAACAAGCUCUUGUUUUCAAAUACAUGGUUACAGGAACACCUAUUCCACCAGAUCUUAUCUUCUCUAUCAAAAGAAGCUUGGACACUUCUAUAUCUUCAAGAAUCUUUCCACAUCCUCCAAUUGGGUGGGGAUGUUUUGAAAUGGGAUUUGGCAGAAAAGUAGACCCAGAGCCAGGAAGGUGCAGAAGAACAGAUGGCAAGAAAUGGAGAUGUUCAAAGGAAGCAUAUCCAGACUCUAAGUACUGUGAAAGACACAUGCACAGAGGUAGAAACCGUUCAAGAAAGCCUGUGGAACUAGUUGUGUCUUCAUCAUCAUCAACAACAACACACACAAACUCAAUCUCUCUAUCUCAAUCUCAAUCUCAAUCUCAUUCUCAAACAAAUACCAGAAACCUCUCCUUGAACAACAACAACAACAACAACACCUUAACAUCACCUUCUUCUUUUCCUUUUCAUGAAUCUCAACAACAAGCCUUUUCACAACCCUACCAAAACCCUUACUUUUAUUCUCAGCAAUCUGUUACUGGUUCUAAACCUCUUGAUCAUUCUGAGUUUCAACCUCAUGACGGUUCUACUACUCAUCACCUCUUUUUGGAUUCUGGAUCUUAUUCUCACGAUGAAAAAGACUACAGGAGGCAUGUUCAAGUUCAAGGGAUAAGAGAUGGAACUAUGGAUGAGAGAACUUUCUUUCCAGAAGCUUCCGGCUCUUCUAGGAGUUAUCAUGAUUCAUAUCAACAACAACAACUGAAUUCCUUUAAGUCAUCAUCAUACGCAAGCUCACAAUUUCAGAACAUCAAUGAUGAUGAUCCAAGACAGCAACAGCAACAGCAACAACAACAAGAACAGCACUGUUUUGUUUUAGGCACAGAUUUCAAAUCAACAAGACCAACAACAAACAAGGACAAAGAAAGUGAGACAACUCAGAAACCACUUCAUCAUUUCUUUGGCGAGUGGACACCAAAGAACACAGAUUCUUGGCUAGAUCUUGCUUCCAACUCCAGGAUCCCAACAGAUGAAUGAAGUUAUUAUUUUGAUGAUAAUGAGUUGACGGUGGAUACUGAAUACUGCCAAGAAAGAGUUAAAGAUCAAGAUGUUAUGUGUGGCUGGGGUGAAUUUUCUUUAGCAAAAGGUGUGAUCUUUAUUGUGUUAUGUAGGGGACCACAUUAGGAUUUUUGUGUCAUUUUAUUAUAAUAUGUUUGUUUCUUCAACAUGAAGAAAAGUUUUAUUAAAAAAAAAAACAUGUCUCAGAUUUUCACACUUAAGUUGUUUGACUGGAAAGCAUAUAUAUUAAGUUUCUAUGCAAUCUACUUUUUCAAA